AUGUCUCUCUAUCCAUCACUUGAAGAUAUGAAAGUCGGUCAAAUGGCUCAAGCCCAGGUAUUUUUUCUCUUUUGCUUAUAAUUUCCUAGGACACUCGGCAUCCCAAGUUAUAUUUCAUGGGCUUGUUUCUGUUGUUUGUAGCGAUAUACCACGAUUUUACGGCACUGUUUAUUGUUUAACUUUAUAAACACCUGUUAAAAAUUCGAUGCAUUUUACAAACUUGCGAGAUUAAUAGAGUGUUUCUUUUGUACACUGAGGUCAAUGUGGCAGAGGAGCUCCUCAGCGCUGUUGCAGAAGUAUGAUUGUUAAAAAUUUUCACCAGAAAGCCUCAAACAGAAUGAAAGAGAGUUUGUCAGAUAUUUAUUGCAGACUGCAGAAAACAUGCAUGUCUGCUUACUAUUUGGAUCUAAUUUAUGGCAAUUUUUUCAACUGACAGCAUUAAACCGAUCGAUUUUGUCUAAAAUUCUGUUUACUUUCCUUUCAGGCCCAACAAGCUGGAGCGCAGCAACCAGCACUAGCCUACGCAGUAAGUGAACAGAAAGCAAUCAAUGAUUAUUGUCGAACUCACCCAUGAAUCAACCAGCAUGUGACUAUUAAAGAACGAUGUACUAUUCCGUAUAAGUAAGACGUGUUAUUUGGAAUGACUGUAAGCUAUGACAUCAUGUCACCAAAAUUUCCUUUACUUCAUGAUGAUUCCGUGGCGGCAUUGUUGUGUAGUUAAUCUUUACAUCAUGCUCUGUUUUGGAUGUACCUUUAGCCUCAAAUGUCUAGUAACCCUGCUGUUUCAUUUUCUUCCCAAUGAUUCACUUUUCUGGGAAUCCUGAAACCUUAUCCUCCUAACUAACUCUCGCUACUCCCCCAGGGUUAUUUCAUUUAGCCUUGUAAGGGUGAAGUAAUUUGACUCUUACCCAGUUACAAAAAUGGGCUAAAAGCAUGUGGGUGAAGGGGGAUGGAGUGUGUUGACAAAUUCACACUGCAGACUUGCAGACUGACAGGCAAACUAGGUGAACAAUUUUGUGAAAUGCUCACAAAACUUAAAACCUUAUUUGCCUGCCACUCUGCAAGUCUGCGCAAGAGGGAGGGGGAAAGGCUCCAUUCAUAAAAUGUGGUGUAAAUACACAACUGUAAAUUUGCUUGCCUUUGUGUAAGUUGUUUCCUUCUGAGAGCUGUAGUAUAGCAGAGCCUAAUAGCCCCUGAUGGCCCAAGUUUGCCUUUGGGUGACAAGGAAGUCUUAUUUUAUUUCAUAACAAUAAAAUGCCAGUUGCCCUCGAUUAGAUAUCAGCUUUAUCGACAGUAAACCAUUAGUUUAGAACUAAUUAUGUUUAAUGUAAGUUAUUGUAUUUCUUAUAGCCACAGCCUGGAGCUCCAGCUCCGACCCCUGGCAGCAGCCUUUAUCCAUCACUUGAUGACUACAUGGGGAUAAAUGUUUCUGAGGCAUCUGUUAGGCAACAUGUUCCUAAUUAUGUGAGCAUCAUUUUUAUUUAAUUGAUUUGCACCUAAAAUACUUUUGUUUCACAAAAGCUGCUGUAUAGCAGCUGUCAUGUAGUACAUGUAAAUCUAUUAAUCAAUCCUUAAAAUAGGUAUCCAUUAUAAGCUGUCACUGACCAUGAUUGUUACUGAUGAUAAUGAUAAUCUGAAAGGAAUUUUUACACAACUUAUAUAUUUCCAGAUACAACGUGAGAAUUUUUAAAAAGCUUUUACUCUUAUUUAUAAAGUAAAACAAUUCUUUUUGUCUCUGCAGACAGCUGCAGUAGUCCCCAGACCUCAAGGUGCUGUUGUACCCCAAAUCAGUGGAAUGAUUGCCCCUGUCAGUGGAGACAACAACUUAGGUGUCCGCCGUGCUGAAAUCAAGCAAGGUGUUCGUGAGGUUGUCCUUUGCAAGGAUGGGCAAGGAAAGAUUGGGUUGCGUGUGCGUGCUGUUAACAAGGGUGUGUUUGUACAGUAUGUGCAUUUAAACUCUCCUGCAGCACUUGGUGGCUUGAGGUUUGGUGACCAGAUUUUACAGAUUGAUGGUGAGACUUUGGCUGGAUACAGCAGUGAUAAAGUCAUGAAGAUUUUGAAGAAUGCUUCGUCUCAGCGAGUAGUGUUUGCUGUGAGAGACAGGUUAGAUUUUAACUUUUUUUCUCAUUUGUUUUAGCCUGUGAAAACAGCUGUUUUUCCUCACUCCAUGCCGCCGGGGAUGUUUUGAGUGGAGGAAUCCACUAAUUCAUUGAUGUUUUUUAUAUACUCUGAUUUCAGGCCAUUUGAACGAACCAUUGUUUUACAGAAGGACAGUUCUGGCCAUGUAGGAUUUGUUUUUAAAAAUGGUAAAAUCACUCAGAUUGCCAAAGACACAUCAGCUGCGAGGUUUGUUUGCUUGCUUUGUUCAUCAUAGUGUUUUCAACUUAAUAGUUUUUGUAACAAAUGUCAAUGUUGAAUUAGAUGGGUUUUUUCUAACCUUACGAGACCAGUAUCACAUAUUCACUCUUUCUUUAUCUUCAACCAGUAUUAUUUUGAGUAUACAAAUAAGCAGAUACAGUAAUUUUUUUAAAAUGUAACCUUUUUCCUGAUUUAUUUGCUUAGAAAAAUAGAAGGUUACUGGACAGUUCUGAGAAUGGAGCCCUCACUGAGUUAGUCCGUGCUAUUCUUUAGUCAUUUUCCUUGACUCCCCAGAAGCCAGUCGCUUCUGAAAGAUAGACACUUAAUGCUAAUGGCAAUGGUGUCCUCAGCUCUAAGAGGGAAUCGACUGUCUAUUUGGUACUUGGUUUUACAAUGUAUCCAUAUGGUUUUAUUUUCAUAGGAAUGGUUUACUGACAGAACACAACCUUGUGGAGGUGAAUGGACAGAAUGUUGUGGGACUAAAGGUGAGCAGCAGAGAAGACUAUUUUCAUAGCACAGGUCUUCAAAAGCUGCUAUAUGUGUUUAUAUUGUCACAACUCUCAUUUUUGAAUCUCAAUGAUAUGUGAGAUAAUCAACUCUACAACUAGCAGUAAAUAAACUUAAUCCUAAAUGAAACAUAUUUUUCAAAGGACCUUUUCUUGCCAGAGUCCUGAGUUAAGCUCUGCGUACAUGGGACUGUGCCUUAAUAUUAUUAAUUAUUAUUAUUAUUAGGUUGGGGGUUAAUAUGUGUUAAGUCUGAACUUUCACAUUUUUGUGGAGGAAGUCAUGUGGCUGAUAGUAUUUUACUAUAGUGUGUUUAUGGUAACCCUCCUUGCUAUCGCAGUUUCAGUCCAACUUCUUGCAAAUUAUCAAGUUUCUGAUGGCCAUUUUGCUUGUCAGAAUUUGGACAUCAGGAACUCUCAAUAAUUAUCAUGUUUCUUUUCCCAUCCACCUUUUUGUUUUACGCCUGUAAAAGUUUUCAGUGAAACCCAUCAUGUUUGAUAAGGGUGAUGUGUUCAACAAAAACUGUAACAUGGAAUUGUAUCUAAAAACCUUGUUACAGUGUUCUGUACCCCAGAGGGUGUGUAUAAUAGAGAGUAACAAUAACCAAUACUUUUUGUUUUAUAGGAUAACGAUAUCAAAGCAAUCCUUGAAAAAGGUGGACAGACCAUCACUUUGACAGUCAUUCCUACAUUUAUUUAUGAGCACAUAAUCAAGUGGUAAGUGUGCUCAUUUAUUCCUUACUAAUUAAUGUCGUCAUAUCAUAGGUUGAAUUUUGUUUGGUUAUUCCACUAGUCCUUUGUUUCUUGGUGAAGUUGAAGGAAUUUCUGGUUAAGCCUUGUAUCUUGUGUUUUCAAUUCUGUUAUCCUCAUUUUCCCUCACACCCUUCCCUCCCACCAUUAUUUUAAUGCCAGGCAUUGCACUGUAGAUAAUACAACUGCAGAAUGAUUUUUAUUAGUAAAAAGGUAGUACAUGGUGCCUUUUUCUGUUGACUGAUUCAAGGCUUAGUGUCAAAAAUAUAAUAUUAGAUAAUUGGAUACUUGAGCAGAAAUAUUGAAAAACAUACAUUGAAUGUAACAGAUUAUGGGUACAUUACAACCUUUUUAUCAAAAUAAGCUUAGAGAUGACAUACCACAGACAUACAGUAUGGUAAAUCCUCUAUUAAGCCCUCUCAUUCCAAUAAACCCUCCAUCCUUUUCAGAGGAAGAAAGUUGAUAAGACCCCCCUCUCUUUUAAGCCCCCUUCCAUUCCAGUUCUUCACCAAUGACUGAUAGACUGUAUUAAUCAAUCACAACUGUAAAACUUUGUGUUGACUGAUCUGGGAUGGUUUAUUCACCAACUGGAAGUUUGGAGUUGUUUUUGAUCCUUGAUUGCAUGACCACUUUGCCUUCUAAUUCUUUCAGGAGAAUUGAUACAACUGUCUAUGCUAAAUUAAAUAAGCCCCCCUCUCAAAUGAGCCCUCCCCCCUCCCCACCAUCUCUUUUAAGCCCCAUUCUCAAUUAAUGUGUUUGAAAUAGCUCCCCUUCCCCUCCCCCCCAGGGGAGGAGGGGUGGAGGGCUUAAUAGAGGAGUUACAGUAUGUUGACUUCAUAGGGGCAGAUGGCAUGAAAUGGACUAUUCAAUGUGGUACUCUGAUCUCUGAUUGCUACUAGUGUUAAUUAUGUAUUUUGCCGUUUUUGGUUUUUUUUUUUCUAGCAUGGGAGAGGGACUUGUGAAGAAGACCAUGGAUCACAGCAUUCCAGACUUGUAA